AUGUGUUUAAGUUAUUAUCAAUACACAAGAAAGAGUAUAUAUCAUAUUAUAAUACUUUGUAGGAGUAAAUUUGGUGUUUUAGGCAAAAGAUUUUCUAACAACAUGUAUGUAAACAAUAUGAAACAAUUAUUAAGCCAAGAACUACCUCUUGGUAUCAGACCAUCUGACGACUUAUAUCAAUCAGUAUAUAAAAUAAAAAAAAGUGAAGAACUUGCAAUUCUUAUUGGCCAAUUAUGUAUUCUUUAUAAGAAAACAAAUAAAGUACCAAGAGUGUUAACUGAUAAUGAUUGGAUGAAAUUAUUGAAUAUGAAUAGGGUAAAAGACAGAGAUAUUUAUUUGUAUGAUUUGUAUAUAAAAAGUUUUAAUAAAAUGUCUCCAAAAGUAGAUGAAAAAAGUAUAUUAGAAGAAAAUAAAAAAAAAAAUGAAAAUCGGGAAAUAGUUUAUGAUCGCAAUCACUAUCAACUUGUAGAUUGUUAUGGUAAUGAUUUUGAAGAACGUAUAAAUCUACAAUAUGGUAACAAUUAUUGCUCAGCCUUAAGAAUUAAUGAAACAAUUCCAAAGAUUAUUUUUGAUUGUAAAUACUUAUACAAACUUUCUUUAGAUAUGCAAUUCAAUUUUUCUCAGGGAAUUGUAAAAUUAUGGAAUUAUUUUUGGUUAAAUGGAUGUGUAUUUGAUAUAAAAAUGACAAAUUUCUUAACAGAUCCAGCGUUAUCAAAUUUAAUACAAGACAAUUUUCUUUUUUUAUAUAAAUCACAAGGAACAAAUGAAGAAAACAUUAAUAUAGAUCAUGAAAAAUGGAUGAUGUCAUCAGGAUAUGAUUGUCCAUUUAAACCAACACUUACAACAAAGCAAACAAAUUUUUUUAUUGAUAAAUUAGAAAAAUCAGCUUUUAUUACACCUCUUGCUACCGAAAAUUUACCGGAUGAUAUAUCAAUAUUUGAUACUUUUAUUAUUGCGCCAUCAGAUGAAAAAAGACACAGGGAUUCAAUAUCGCUAGCCAAUUAUUACAAUAUGCCAGCAUUUAAACUACCAGUAGAAAAGUAUUAUGGAUAUAACAGAAAAGUGGAUAAAUCUAAUCCUUUUGUAUUAGGGAAAGUACUUUCUUCUGUAUAUUAUAAAAAAAUGAACUGGACAAAAGCAUUAAGUGUUCAUUUAUCAAAAGAAAAUUUAAAACCAUUUUUUGAAUCUUUAGAUGAUAAAGAAUAUGCAGAAAGAGAGAAGAUAAAGCAUGAAAUGGUUCUCUUUACUCGUAAAUUCAAAAAAAUGAAAUAUUCAAUUGAUUCUAAAAUGAUUCAAGCAAAAGGAAAAAUAGAUCCAUUAACUGAAAAAAAAAUUGUUUAUCAUAAGUACUCAAGAGAGGAAAGGAAGAAGAAUUUCUCUUAG